CCCUCUGCUUUUAGGUGGCCAUUUUGUGGACCAUGAGCAGUCCGAACACCUUUGCCUUCACACAGAAGGAAAGCUGCAGGAAUGGAGAAGGGGAUCUGGAGGAACGGAGGACGAAACUGGCGAGGCUGGAGAAGGAAAUGGGCAGGAAUGUAGAAGCAGCUCUCCCCCCCGAAAGCAGACGGGCUGGGGGCGGGCCCUGCGCGGCCGCCGCUUGCUGCUGCCGCCGCUUCUGCAGCCUCUGCCGGCGGCGGGAGGAGUUCAUGGCGGCGCCGGAGCGGAUGGUUUGCGGUGGAUAGAUGUGCAAGUGCCCCAGGCUUCUCCUACAAGAUGUGUUCCACCAAUCCAGCAAAUUGGGUCACCUUCGAUGAUGAGCCACCCUUCCAGUCAUCUCAGAAAUCAGCUGAUAAUCAGAGUGCUUGUAAAGCAAAUGGCCUUAAACUCAAUCUGUCUAGUGUGCAUGAAUCUUCAAGCAGAUCGUCUUCUAUAGGCAGCACUCCACUCUCAUCUCCUAUAGUUGACUUCUACGUAAGUCCUGGACCCCCCAGCAACUCGCCACUUACCACACCUACCAGAGACUACCCAGGAAGUCCAUGCAUCCCAAAGCCUGGGAUUCACAUCCUUUAUCCUAUCCCUGAAUGGCCACCAAAUGUUAACCUUCUUCCAUCGCCUGGGAUUUGCUCAGCCCCAGCCUUGCCGAAACAGAGCAGCUUUUCUUCGGGUGCUUUCCCUGAUGACCAUCCAGUUAAGACUUUGGUCUCCAAAUCAACUGAUGAAGGAAGCCUGAAUCCUCCAGGAAGCUGUGAGGAGUCGGGAGAGUUGUCAGCAGCAGCAGGGCAUUUCCCAUGCUUUCAGGAUGACUGUGCUUUUUCCAGUCCUUUCUGGAAGGAAAGGUGCUCGCUCAGCACAUCACCAGCUAGUGCUAGCACACACAGGAAGGACAAGGCUCUCGACAAGAGUGUCUCGCAUCCUAAAGACAAAGACACUUGUCACGAUCAGAAAAGUCUCAACCAGGGCUCCUUCAGCUACAUCUGUGAGAGGCUUGAACACCUGCAAGCUGGCAGCUGCAAGGCGUCGGGAAGCCCACCCAUCUCCAGUGCUCACGAGUGGCACAGGCUCUCACCCACCAUCCCCCGUGGCCUCUUCAGGAGCCAGAAGGUGGAUGGGUGGCCGUUCAUGCUGAGGAUUCCCGAGAAGAAGAACAUGAUGUCAUCUCGGCAGUGGGGCCCCAUUUACCUCAGUGUCCUAGCUGGAGGUGUAUUGCAGAUGUAUUAUGAAAAGGGCCUGGAGAAACCUUUCAAGGAAUUCCAGCUGCAGCCACACUGUAAGCUGUCGGAACCCAAAUUAGAGAGCUAUAACGUCUUGGGAAAAAUCCAUACAGUGAAGAUUGAGUGUGUGUCUUACACAGAGAAGAGGAGGUAUCAUCCUAAAGUAGAAGUGAUCCACGAGGCAGAGGUUGAGCAGAUGUUAAAGUUGGGCACCACAGAUUAUGAUGACUUCACUGAUUUCCUCAUAACUGUUGAGGAAGAGCUUAUGAAACUUCCUGCUGUUUCUAGACAGAAGAGGAAUUAUGAAGAGCAAGAAAUGACUCUGGAAAUAGUGGAUAACUUUUGGGGUAAAGUCACUAAGGCAGAAGGGAAACUCGUAGACAGCGCUGUCAUCACGCACAUCUACUGCCUGUGUUUUGUGAAUGGAAGUGCUGACUGCUUUCUAACCCUGAAUGACCUGGAACUCCAGAAGAGAGACGAGCGUUACUUUGAGAAGGAGGAGGAGAAGAAAUGGAUUGAGAUUCUCGACUGCCGUUUCCAUAACUGUGUCAGAGCGCAGGAGUUCGAGCAGUCGCGGGUUGUUAAGUUUACUCCCCCAGACGCCUGUAGGCUGGAACUGAUGCGUUUCAGGACGCGGUAUAACGGGCAAGAGCUGCCCUUUUCUGUGAAGGCUGUGGUGGUGGUUCAGGGGGCAUAUGUUGAACUCCAGGCUUUUCUAAACAUGUCUUCAGCUGCUCCAGCCCCAAGGCGUUUGCCCCCUGUGAAAUACUGUGAAAACGUUAUGGUUCGCUUUCCCGUGCCCACACAGUGGAUCAAAGCACUUUGGACCAUGAACCUCCAGAGGCAGAAGUCCCUGAAAGCAAAAAUGAACAGGCGAGCGUGCCUUGGUGCUUUGCACGAGGUGGAAUCCGAUCCCGUCAUACAGGUCUCGGUUGGAACAGCGAAAUAUGAGAGUGCCUACAGGGCUGUUGUGUGGAAGAUAGACAGGCUGCCAGAGAAGAACUCAAGUUCAGACCAUCCACACAGCCUGUCCUACAAACUGGAACUCGGAUCAGACCAGGAAAUACCCUCCGACUGGUAUCCAUUUGCCACUGUCCAGUUUGUUGUCCAUGACACCUGUGCCUCAGGAGCAGAAGUCAAGUCCCUGGGCAUAGAGAGUGACCUGCAGCCCCAGAAGCAUGUGGUUCAGAAAGCUUUCUACAACUGCCAGGUUGAAAUUGAAAAGAAGUGGAUUAGGCUCGAUGGAGAAGAUCCAGAGAGGGCUGGCAAUUGCCUAAUGCAGUAGAAGACAAGAGGCACCAUCCUAGGGUACUUCUCAGCUGAGUUAAGGGGCACAGUGGCUGCAGGGGCAACCUGCAUCACAGAAGAGCUCUGCAGUUUACUGAGAUCAGAAUCACAGAAUACAUCUGGUUGGAAGAGACCUCAAAGCUCAUCCAGUCCAACCUACACCCCAGCACUGAAGGGUCAGCACUAAAGCAUGUCCCCAAACACCAGGUCUGCUCGCUGCUUGAACACCUCUAGGAACAGUGACUCCACCACUGCCUUGGGCAGGCCAUUCCAGUGCUUGAGAACUCUUUCAGUGAAGAAAUAUUUCCUGACAUCCAGCCUGAACCACUCUUGGCACAGCCUGAAACCAUUUCCUCCAGUCCUGGUGCUUGCCAGCAGGGAGAAGAGGCUCUCCCACUCCUCACUCUAAACUCCUUUAAGGUAAUUGUAGAAGGGCUCCCCUCAACCUCCUUUUCUCUAGACCAAAAACCCCAGCUCCCUCAGCGGCUCCUUGCAGGCCGUGUGCUCUACUCUAUGUUUUUUUAUGAGAACUAUAGUAUCUAUUAACCUGUUUAAGGUAGAGGAAGUGAAAUCUCUGUUGCAGGUACCAUUUGUCUAAGGCUGACUUGUUGCUCAGCACUACUACAGAUGAUUCAGUGAAUCUGUUCGCAGCAGUCAUGUCCAAGACCUGGCCUGUCCAGCCAGCCCCUGUUUUUUAGGAGGAGAGACAGACAGGCCAGUCUGGAACUCUUUCACCUCAGGAUACCCAUUUGUAGAACUCAUCUCCUGGGCAGUUGAUGCUUGGUCAAAGCAGCAACUGGUUUUCUUCUGUCAGGUGCCUGCUGUAUCUCAAGGCUGAUCAGCGGGCUGGAAAAACUCUCCUCUAGGGACAGGCUGAGAGAGUUGGGGUUGUUCAGUCUGGAGAAGAGAAGGCUCCAAGGAGACCUUUAUUGUGGCCUUCCAGUAUCUGAAGGGAGCAUAAAAGAGAGUGAGUGAGGGACUUUUUAGGGUGUCAGAUAGUGACAGAACUGGGAGGAAUGGAUCCAAGCUAGAGGAGAUUUAGAUUAGACAUUAGGAAGAAGUUCUUCACCAUAAGGGUGAUGAGACACUGGAAUAUGUUGUCCAAAGAGGUGGUGGAAGCCCCAUCCAUGGAAGAUUUUAAGGCUAUGCUGGAUGUGGCUCUGGGCAACCUGAUCUAGUGGUAAGUGUCCCUGCCUAUGGCAGAGGAGUUGGAACCAAAUGAUCCUUGAGGUCCCUUCCAACUCUGACAACUCUAUGAGUCUGUAUGUUUAAGAUGCUCAUGUACCACUGAACCCUCAAGACAGAUAGGAUCUACUGUUCAGAAUUACCAAGGUGACAAGAGCCACAUUUUAACUUCCCUUUCCUGACAGUGAGUCUGUAUUAUACCUGGUCUGAUGCAAAGCAUCAUCCAUCCUCACUGACCUUGUCAACAUAAAAAGGUCAAGCUACAGCUUUAUCUAUGGUGCAGGCUCUGAGAUUUCCACUUGAGGCCCGCAAGACUCACCAUUAACUUUAAGCAGAGUUGUAUCAGGAUAACAGGGAAUUAAUUCCACAGAAAUGUUGCCACACUCAAUGGAAAUUGCUCUGCUUAAUGCAUGGCUCAGCAUAAACCUGGCAAUUAGCACAGCGUAAGGCUAAUUACCCUGCUCAGUCUCAGGCUGAUACUUGCACGCCUUGCUGUCAGGAUAUGUGAGAGCAGGCUGCAGUUCAAUGAAACUAAGUUUGGGUUGUGUGACUUUCCCCCCCUCCCCCUGCUAUCAAUUCUAACUUCCUAUUCUAUGCCAAAGCAGAAAUAACCUAGCAUCCUCUUUCUUCUUGUCUGGUUUCCUUGAGUAUGACCUGCUGAAGAAAUAUUCUCAGUGUUUAAGACUCAUCUGUUAGCAUUUGCUGAGAAUGCUACAGCAGGUGCCAGUUGAGUAAACAUGCUAGCUUUGACUCUUUAGAGGGCUAGAAGUAGCCUUGACUGUAAUUCUGGGAGGAAAAUGAAGAUGAGGAACAGUUGCUGUAAGCUGUUGUCAAGUUCAGUACACUGUGGAGUCUCCCUCUCUGAAGAUAUUCAAGACCUGCCAGGAUGCAUUCCUGUGUGAUCAGGUGUAGGUGAUCCUGCUCUGGCAGGGGAGUGGUCUGGAUGAGCUUUCAAGGUCCAUUCCAGCCCCUGACAUUCUGUGAUUCUAUGGAGUUUUAAAUAACCCAUAAGGUCCAUUGACAUCCUGUGAAGAAACAGCUUUCACAGGUAUCUGGUGUCUGCUUCCCAGUGAGUGCCUGCAGUCACUGGAGUGCUUCCAAGCAUUCUAGCCACUUAAGAUGCUGACAAUCCUCACUAACAGGGCAGUACUUGGUUGUUAUCGAUUUCCUUCACAAAGGCCCAGGAGGGUUUUGGGAUAUUUUAUGUUCUCAACAGAAAUCAAUGAGAAGAGCUAUUUUUGUAGUGUGUUUUCCUGAUGUGCAAAAUGUUGUAUUUCCUGUAACCCACUUGCUUAAUCCUUGCAUUCAUCUUUCUCAUACUGACUGUAUUACUGCAGGUAAAUGGGGCUUGAUGUAAUGCUGGAUUCAAGUUGCUGGAAUUCUUUCAACUGACAAAAUGGGGUCUGCAUCAAAGGCUAAGAAUAAAGGAGAGGCAAGGGAAAUGAAAAAAAAAAAAAAGAAGAAAGGAAUAGUGGUAACAGGCAGGGGAAAAAAAAAGGCACUGGAGAAGAUUCUUGAUGUUAGUAAGCAAUCUGCAAUUCUUACUCCUACCAGAAAAGAGCAUGCAAGAGAAGGAAGAAGGAAAGGUAUUACAGAAUAUGUCAGCCCUUUCAAACACCAAAUCCUUCACUGCUGCUCCCAGUGCCUUGUAAAUCUCUCUUGAUGUUCUUUAGGUUGCUCACUGCUGUGUCGUUGCCGCCUAGAUGGAACAGCAGCAGUGGAUGAGAGUCAGAGGGACCUACAAGGUCUGGCAACCUCUGUGUUUCAUCCUUGAUGGGAGCCCCUGAUAAGCAGCUUGCCUCUGGCUUGCAGGUAGGACAGCAAAUGGGUGCCUCUGUGUCCUUCAGAAUAGGGUCACCCCCUGUUCUCCCCUGUUGCUUUUUCUUGGUGCUGUAGUGGUUUUACAGAAGGAGCUGGUCUGGAUGGCUUACCUGGGCCUGUGGGCCUGCAGAUGCAGGCUCCUUGCUCUGCUCUGUCUGCAGAGCCUUGAAUCUGUUCUGCAAGAUCACCUCAGGCACUGAGGGAGGUUUCUUUGUCCUGCUAGUUCUAACCCUUGCAGUUUGCCAUUCCUCACCAUCACCGCCUUUCCUGGUUUCUGGGGGUGCUGGUGGUGGAAAUGAUCAGCUUUUUUUCUUUCUUUAUGCUCCUUGUUUGUUUCCCACCAGAUUCUGUAUUAAUUGUCCAAAAGUAUACCUGAAAAAAAUGUUUUCAUGCAUUGCUUUUAGCUGCAUUUAUAUUACCUGAUGAACUUUCUUAGCUGCACUACUGGUAUCCACAUCUCUAUUUCACACUGAUUUGUCUUUUUGUUGACUAAAGACAGCAACUAACUGCUGCAGUUAGUAGUUCAUAGUUGUCAUUUAUAACUCUGAAGGAGUGGUUAUUCUUAAUGGGAAACCCAGAAUUUGAUCUGGGUCUUUGGUCACCUUAAGAUUGUAAGCACACUACGUUGAUCAUCUUGUAAUAACAUUUUUUUAGACUGCAUAUUGAUUACAAACAAAUAAAUAAGCAAACAACUAAAUAAAGCUGUAUUUCAAACUA